AUGGGUCUCCAGACACAGCAUGCCAUGGCGCACGGCAUUGAUUCCAGACCGACCGUCGAGGAUUUUCGCGACGACAGUCCUUGGGUGCAACUGGCCAAAUCCCAUUGGCUCGAGUCGUCAAAUCUCCGCAAAGUGAAGCAUGAUGCGAUCAAGAAAGACCUUUGGGAUCCACUAGAGGCUGAAAAGUUCAGCCUUCGCUCGCUUCUUACUCUAGAGAAUCUAAAUGUUCUUGAGAAGUUUCUUUGGCCGACCUACACGGAAGACGCCUCAAACUACCAUGUUCUGCUAAUAGCAUUGAUCGUGGGCGUCAAACAGCGAGAGCAUUUACCGAUAUGGGACAUCUUCUCAGAUCGCCCAGAUGACUUUUCGAACCUUUUCCACCGGAUCCUCUCGAUGAGCAUCGAUCAAUCGCUUCCUACCUUUUCGCGCUUGUCGAUACUGUCGUUUAUGAUUAGCGCGUUUCAGUCGCUCGAGAACGUGUUAAUUCGGAAGGAAUGCGCCCCUCUCGUUUCAAUAUCUCUGUGGCACAAUCUUCACAGCGAAGAUGCUAGAGAACGCGUUCUCGGGAAAGCGCCGAACCUGAAAAAGGCGUGGAGGGCAGCAGCAAAACGCUAUGACGCUGGAGAUGAAGCGGCCAAGGCGAAAAUGCGAUUUGAGCGGUCCUGGUUAUACACAUUGCUUCUGGAUUUUCUGCGGAGAUUGAACGGGCCAGAAAAGGACCAGGCGGACAACCUACGGUAUUGCGAGCGGUUCCUCGAGUUUCUUGUCGAUCUAGAGUCUCAGCUACCUACGAGACGCUACGUGAACACUUUACUCCGAGAUCUCCACCUCCUGCCUGUCAUCCGGCUGUCACAGAUGUACCGUACGUCUGAGAAUGCGCUCUUCCGAGACUUUCAUAAUCUUCUUAAGCAUUUCACGGCUUUUGCGAUCAACGACUAUACAGGAGAAGCGCUUUCAUCACAGGCAGUGUACGAUGCUCACUGCCAAGAUUUGGCGCAGCUACAGAGAACCUCGAUGAAGCAUUUCAAGGAUAAAUUGACUAUUCUAGCUUUAUCAAAUUACGGCUCCAUUGAGCAGCGCUCCGAACUUGACGGUCAGCUAUCUCUUUUGGAUGACUCGGAGUUGCAAGCCCUUUGCUCGCACCUAGGGUUUCGCACAAGCUAUCCCAAACAGGCAAACGUCACAUCCGAUCGAGCUUUGUACAUGGAGGUGCUGCUAUCCUUUUACGAACGGACCAUCCCUUUCCAGGAAGCCGCAUCCCAUCUGAGCGUGGUCCCCACAGAAGAAAGCCUCUACGACCCAUCGUUGCUCCGAAAUGAGACGUAUGAUGGGUCCAGGCCGCUGGCAAUACCCAAACUGAAUCUACAGUAUCUCAGCCUUGGAGAUUUCCUCUGGCGUUCGUUUCUUUUGUAUCGGGCGGAAGCUUUCUUUCAAAUUCGCAAAGACAUGGAGUCAGUGAUCAAGCGAAUGCAGCCCCGGUCGAGUCAGGACGGAAGAACUUUGACUUUCGAGGGGUUCUCUCGUAUGGCUAUCCCAAUCUCAAAACCAGCAAUAAUAGAGGUCGCGCAACCCAAGGUUGGAUCCACCCAGCCUGCCUUCGUGAGGGCCGAGGUUACCAUCGAAGUUGGGAGGUUAGCGGACCAUGUCCGAGCGGAAUGGGAUUCGCUUCGCCCCGAUGAUGUCGUCUUCCUCUUGGCUGUACAAGCCCGCCAGAGAGAAGGUGGCGCUGGCAUUUCACAUCUUCGAACCGCUGACGUUGUUCAAGUACUCGAUGAAAAUGGUCGACCGCUGCGCGAGCCGACUUCUGGUCAGACAAAUGGAUACAAACCUCGGCCUCGCAUCAGGAGGCUACUAGUCAAUUUAGACCCCACUGCUUUCAAGACUGACAAGGAUCGCAGCAUGCAAGGGAAGCCAGACAUUUAUCCACUCAUCAACGUGAUCGCAAGGAGGAGAGGAAGAGAGAACAAUUUCAAGUCCAUUCUCGAGACCAUGCAACGACUUAUUGUAUCCGACAUUACCCUACCACCAUGGAUCCAAGAUAUUUUCCUGGGAUAUGGGGAUCCUACAGGAGCCCGUUACACGGAACUGCCAAACCGCCUUAAAUCCGUGGACCUUAGGGACACAUUUUUGGACUGGCAGCACUUGAUUGAAAGUUUCCCCGGUUUGACUAUCGAGCCUUCCGGCGAUGCCACGUCAAGUUUCCAGCCACCAUACGCACUAGAAUAUGUUGAAGACGCCACUCAGCUCCCUACUUCGGGCACGAAAAAGCGACGGAGAGAGCAGUCAUCUGACGGACAACGGACCCUCCGUGUCUCGACAUACAAGCCCCCAAAUCCGGGGCCCUAUCUGGUAGACUCUCCAAAACUCAACACCGUGCGUUUCACACCGGCUCAGAUUGAUGCGAUCGCUUCGGGAACACAACCAGGUCUCACAGUCAUCGUUGGGCCACCCGGAACCGGCAAGACUGAUGUCGCGACUCAAAUCAUAAACAACAUCUAUCACAACUUUCCAAAUGAGCGCACGCUGCUUGUUGCGCACAGUAACCAGGCAUUGAAUCAGCUUUUCCAGAAAAUCGUCGCGUUAGACAUUGACGAACGCCACUUAUUGCGCCUCGGUCACGGUGAAGAAGAAUUAGAAACCGAGACCAGCUACAGCAAGUAUGGCCGUGUUGAGUCGUUUCUCGACAACCGAAGCUUCUUCCUCUCAGAAGUCACCCGCCUGGCGGCCUCAAUUGGCGCGCAGGGUGCACAUGGGAACUCCUGCGAGACUGCAGGCUACUUCAAUACCGUAUAUAUCAAACCCGCAUGGGCAAAGUUCUGGGAGCUUGCCCGUGCGGAAAACACUUCCGCAGAAGAAAUCAUAUCGGCCUUCCCGUUUGACGACUAUUUCUUUAACGCACCACAGCCUUUGUUUGAUGCUUCUGCACCGAGGGAGGCGGCAAUUGAUGUAGCAGAAGGCUGCCAACGUCAUAUUGACAAGAUCUUUUCAGAAUUAGAGGAUAUCCGGCCGUUUGAGAUCUUACGACAGCCAAAAGACAAGGCUAACUACCUUCUUGUGAAAGAGGCGAGGAUCAUCGCAAUGACAAGUACGCACGCAGCCAUGCGCCGGCAAGAAAUCGCAGAUCUUGGGUUUCACUAUGACAAUGUUGUAAUGGAAGAAGCUGCACAGAUUACUGAAGUCGAAAGCUUUAUCCCCGCAGCUCUGCAAAGCAUGAAGAAUGGCCAGCUUCCUCUGAAGCGAGUGGUUCUGUGCGGUGACCACCUACAGAACUCCCCCGUUAUUCAGAACAUGGCCUUCCGACAGUAUGCUCAUUUUGACCAAAGCCUUUUCCUUCGUUUGGUGAGACUGGGUGUCCCAGUCAUCACGCUUGACCAGCAGGGACGCGCUCGGCCGAGUAUCGCAGAACUAUUCCGCUGGCGUUAUCAGAACCUCGGCAACCUGCCCAUUGUCGAACAAGCUCCAGAGUUUAAGCAGGCCAACGCUGGAUUCCAGUUUGAGUACCAGUUCAUCAAUGUCCCCGACUACCAAGGCACAGGAGAACGGGAGCCGUCUCCCCACUUUAUCCAGAACCUCGGCGAGGCUGAGUAUGCCGUUGCCAUCUUCCAGUAUAUGCGACUCCUUGGCUAUCCGGCGUCGAAGAUCGCGAUUCUCGCAACAUAUGCUGGCCAAACGGCGCUCAUCAAGGAUGUUUUGAACCAUCGGUGUGCCAAGAAUACUUUCUUCGGCAUGCCAAAGACAGUCACAACGGUCGACAAGUACCAGGGAGAACAGAAUGAUUACCUCAUUCUUUCCCUAACACGAACCCGCACAGUCGGGUACCUCCGUGAUGUUCGCCGGCUGACAGUAGCACUUUCACGGGCCCGCCUCGGUCUCUACAUCCUGGGUCGUCGCGAAGUAUUCGAGUCCUGUUACGAGCUAAAGCCCGCAUUCGACCUGCUUCUACAACGCCCUGACAAACUAAUGCUGGCUCCUGGGGAGAUGUUCCCAACUACACGAACAAUAGGCGACGAGGUUCAGGGGACUGCUAUGGAAGGCGUAGAACAUCUUGGGCAGUACGUCUUCGAGAUGACACAGGCCAAGAUCAAGGCUCUGGGUGGGCAGGAUGCGAUUGUCGAUGAAUCAAUGCCAGAUGAGGAGGAAGACUUGGUUGAGGAUGGGGAUGAAAUCAUGCUUGGAGCCGGUGAGGAAGGCGAUGAAGAUCCACUACAUGAACAUGUACUCCCAUAA